AUGAGCCCCCACAAUCGUCCAGGACAAGCCGCUCUUUCACCAACCUCAGAUAUUGGAAGCCUUUUAAGAGAUGAGACAGCGUCCCCCUCCAACUUGAAGGGUCCCUGGAAGAAAAGAGUGUCGACCGCGUGUCUCGCCUGUAAAAAGUCAAAACGAAAGCGGAUCUGCAUCUUCGACGAGUCGCUCGAUCAGCGUCGCCGAGUUGCUGCCAAACGCACCGCGAGCGAGCUCACGUAUCAUCGUGAUCUUCUGAAUGACAUCUUCAGGGUUAUCCGCGAAACUAAUGAGUCCAGAACAAAUGAGCUGCUCGGCAUCAUCCGGCAAAAUGCGUCUGCUGAGGAGAUCCGGACCUAUAUCGAUGAUGCUCUGUCAUCGCUAGGCAAAGACCCCUCCAGUUCUCGCGAAACGGUGGCUAAGCUGGAGGAUGCCCGCAGCCUCAUGCGCAUCGAGUCCGACAGCCCGGCCUUUCGCAGUAAAGUCAUGGAUAUCCACUAUCUGUGUGACGAGGCGCUGUUCAAGGUCCCCGCGCAUCCGUGGACGGCCGUGACCGACGAUGCAGAUCUGGUAUCACAUCUCAUCUCGCUUUACUUCACGUGGGAUUAUCCAUUUCUCCGGUUUUUAGACCGGGAUGUGUUCUUGAGACAUAUGCAAAGCGGGGAAUUGUCGUCCGAGUUCUGUACUCCGUAUCUGGUCAAUGCAAUGCUUAGCAAUGCCUGUUUCUUUUCCGAGUUCUCUGAGUCCUACGUAGUCCCGGGCGAAUUGUCUUCUAAGGGAAAUGAUUUCCUGGCGGAGGCUGAGAGAUUAAGGGCCAUCCAGUCUCCCCGGCCGAGCCUUGCCCUGUUGCAGGCGACGCUCCUUAUGCACGAGAGGUAUGCCAUGUCAUGCAAUGAUGACCGGGGCUAUAUCAUGCUACAUGAGGCGAUCCGCAUUGGGGAGGCUUUGGGUCUUGUGGGCAGCUAUGGCCCGAAGAUCGUCCCAGAGCAUUUCUCCGAAGAGAUGGAUAUGUCGUGCAGAAUCGCUGGUUGGGGUUUGUUCAAUAUCGAUACCAUUGUACAUACCGGUUUUCUCAGGCCAUGUCUAAUUGAUCAUGUUAAUGUCCCCCGUCUGAACGGCAGCUCCACUGACGACCAUUGCUUAUGGCGGCCGUACCCGACCCAUCGCGAGCCGUGUUCGUCCCAUGAAAGUUUAUUCUUCGAAGAGACAUGUAAUCUGUCUACCAUUGCUCGAGACAUCUCGCGAAUUUUCGGGGUCAAGGAAGAUUACAUAGACCCGCUUCAGCGCCAGACUCGCGACGUCCUCUUCGAGAGACUUGGUCGGUGGCAUCACUUGCUUCCAGGGGUGUUUAUGGCUGAUUUUCAGCCACCACACAUGUUACUACUGGAUUGUAUAUCUGAACAAGAACGGCCGAAAGCUUCCUGGCCGGCACCCAAAACGCCAGAAAGUCCCCCGCGCAACUCACCUGAGUCCAAGUACAAUCCAUGGGAGGUGACUCUCUCGGCAGCGCGAAGUAUCGCCGCGCUCGUCCAAGUGCUGCGGCGAGAACAUGGUGUUAGUCGGGCGCAUCACUUCGCCAUGUACUCAAUCAACCUCGCCUUGUUUACUCUCCUCGAGCACCCGAGCUUCGAUAUUCUCGACCCCGACUUCUUGUCGCUGGUCAGUUCCUUCUCUGUCAUGGCCAGCCGAUCGCCCCUGGGCCGCAAUUUGUUCCAUCUCUUUCGCCAAUCUGUGCGGGCUAAGGGCCAGGGUGAGCGGAUUCGCAAUUCCGACCGCAUCCCCGAAGCCCUGAAAGAUCUGUUUGACGAGGACGCUUCAAACAAACUCCAGAAUCGGUUCGAUGGCUACGCGGAGGGGCUCGAAAAGCUUAAUCAAGACAGCAAGUACCACGGAAUUGGCCGUGAUGGAUGCACAAACCUCCAAGAUUAUCCUGGCCUCAACCUUGGCGAAUCCAAGCUGAAUGGCGAUCGGGGUAUUCCCAAGAUCCCUGGAAAUCCUCAUACCAAUGUGGCCCAGCUGGCUCUAUCAUCUUUUUAUACCGAUAUACCCCGUCUGACGCUGCCUCUGAUGAGUCGUCAUCGUGAACGGCGCUCGUCCACGCCCGAGUCGGUCCCAGGCCGCUCCGCUGCACCUGCACCGCUCUGGCCUGCAUUUCAGACUCCAGGGGUACCGAUGCUCCAGCGGGGAUUUCCAUAUCCUGGCUCCUAUUCUGGAUCCUUGGCGUUGACCUCUGACUCCCGCGUCGUCUCGUCAACUGCUUUCUCGCCAUCGUAUCAACCUCCGCCAGCUGCCUUCCCGUCGGGCGCUGUACCAUCCAGUUCGCCGCCUCCAAAUAAGAUCGCCAUCCCGCGAAUCGCAGCUCCUAGCAGGCCACUACAGCGACGGCGAGCAACCCGAGCCUGCGAACCCUGCCGAAAACGCAAGGUCAAAUGCGAUAGCAAGCAACCGUCUUGCGGGCCAUGCACGUAUGCAAGCAGACGUUGUGUUUAUGAGGAUGUCAAGCGAAUCCGCAACGAGAAGAAGAUCGACCAACUCACGAAACGCGUCGAGCGGUACGAAAAUUUGCUUCGCGAUCUGGAGGGAGAUGUCGAUUCUCCCACCGCGCACAGGAUUAGAAGAGCUAUCCGGUUCAAAGAUGAAGAUCCCUCUCCUGUGAAAGAAGAUAAGGACGCCGACACGGCCUCGUCAGUCGGGUCUCUAGAGGCCCUGGACGAGGUCGGAGAAGAUUUGAACCGAGAUGAGACCGCGCGCGCUGCUGGGUUCUUCGGCAAGAACUCGGAGGUUUCCUGGAUGCAAGGACUGAGCGGCGGUAUGCGUAUGCGGGAUCAUAGUACGGAGCAAACCGCUUCUCCCCGGUCAGGUCUCUCACCUGCGAGUUUGCCGGAUGCGCCUCCAGACGCCCAAUCUCGCUUGACAGGACAUCUCCCAAUAGCAGUGAUGAACUAUCAUCUAGACGACUUGGCCCUUCCGCUUCAGCGCAAAGAUGUGGACCAGCUGGCUAUGCCGCGCAAAGAAAUCGCUAGUGAAUAUUUCAAUGCAUACGUGGCGAAGGUCCAUCCGUUCUUCGAGAUUGUUCGGGAACAAACCUUCACUGCUCAGUACGAACAAUGCAUAAAUCAUGAUAUCGAACCGCCGCGGAAGUGGCUCGCGAUAUUGAAUAUGAUCUUCGCUAUCGGGUGCCGACAUUGUCGGCUCACGAACCCUACUCACACUGAUGCGUACGAUGAUGAUCUGCAGGUCCAGCUGGAGUUUUUGAUCGCCCUCUACUUGCUGUGUCUGGGGCAGCUCAACAGGGCUUCCAAGUUCUCAAAUAUGGCGUUACACUCAGCGAUGUCCCUCGGGAUAAACCUUCGCCUCAAAGAUGAUACGACCGACUCUUCCAAGGAAGCACGCUGUCGUCUUUGGUGGUCGAUAUACUCUUUGGAACACCUCAUCACUUCCAUGAACGGCCGCGCGUCUUGCAUCGGGGAACAAAUGUGUGCAGUCUCCCUUCCAGUCCCUGUCGAAGAAGAAGCAUUUGGCCAUCUUGGCGUACAAAGCGUUUUCCAAGACCAAGGCCUCCGCGAGGUUCUCCUCAGCGCAACGCUCUUUGAAAAGUCUUUUGAGAUACAAUCGACAGAGAAGCCAUGGGCUGCUACUAACUUCCAGCCCAACCCCUCGUUAUUCUUCUUUUAUAUGACCGAUCUUUCGCUCCUCACCCAAGCCGUCCUCAACAAAGUAUACAGUCUCGAGGGCGUCCGCAACGGAGCCUCUCAAACAGAGUACCGUUUCGAGGACUUCACCCUCCGAAUGGACCGCUGGAUCCACAAGCUCCCCGACAGCUACCAAUUCGUUCUCCCCGGAGGCGGCCCCUGGCGCAUCAACCCUGACCUGGACAACGAAUCGCUCCCCUACGCCCGCGAACGCGUCUGUCUAGCACUGAACUACUACUCCGCCCGCAUCACCCUCUGCAGACCCUGUCUCAGUCUUCACAGCCUACCCUCCGACUACUCCGACUCCCCCACCCACUCCCUUCGCACGACGCUCAGGGCAGAAAUGACAAACCACUGCCUGCAAGCCGCGUGCUCCCUGAUCUCCAUCCUCCCCGAAAAAAUCGACAUCACCUGGCUCGCCCGCAUCGCGCCCUGGUGGAGCGUCCUGCACUUCCUCAUGCAAGCCACCGUCGCCUUGCUCCUCACUCCGCAGCACGUCCCCAAUCCGGUCUUUCAGACCCUUCGGGAGCAGGAUCUGCAGACUGCUAUCGCGCAGACCCGGAAGGCGCUUGUCUGGAUCCAUGCCAUGGCAUCUGUAGAUCCCGCCGCGAAGCGCGGUUUCUUGCUGUGCGAUAGUCUUCUGCAGGGGGCCGCGCCGGCGCUGAAGAUCGAUCUGAAGGAUUGGCCGAGUGCAGCGUCCUUGGGCGUUAAGGGAGAUCGGGGUCUAAGUGUUCGGAUGGAGGGCUUGGAAGAGUGGAUAGAUUUCGAGGGCGGGGAUUCUUGA